AUUCAAUAAUCAAUUAAUUGCACUCAUUCUUGCAUUAUGUGAAUAAUUAUCAGUUCUAAACAUGCAUUGUUCUUCUCUAUGCUUAUUUCAUGAUCUAUUUUACUGCGCUCAUAUGACAGACAGUUAGUAGUUGGAGCAUAUCUCUGGGGCCGCUGAGCCGUAGGAGCGUGUAUUAAUCCUGCUGUUUGUCUCAUUGCAACCAGCACUAGUAGGUCAAACGAACGACUGAAAUGAACGAGUCACUCAGAAAAACGAAAAAUCGAGUCAGUGAAAAUAGUCGUUCAAAAAUAAUGAAUCGUUCGCGAAGUGUACAUCACUAUUUUGGUUGCCUAAAGCCACCGUAUCUACUCCAGUGGGCAAUGUAGUGUAUAACACACGUGCGUAGUUUUCUAUCGCCAUUUCAAACGUUAAAAUAUGGCAGGCUUGGAAUUAUUGUCAGAUCAAGGAUAUCGUCUUGAUGGAAGAAAACCUGCUGAACUGCGGAAAGUACAAGCUCGUAUGGGUGUAUUUGCCCAAGCUGACGGGUCUGCGUACAUAGAACAGGGAAAUACCAAAGCGCUGGCAGUUGUGUAUGGUCCUCAUGAAGUGCGAGGCUCCCGCAGCAAGACCCUCCAUGACCGUGCUGUCAUCAACUGCCAAUACAGCAUGGCUACCUUCAGUACAGCGGAGAGGAAGAGAAGACCCCACGGGGAUCGCAAGUCCACAGAGAUGAGCCUUCACCUCAAGCAGACUUUUGAGGCAGCAGUGUUGACUAAUCUGUACCCACGCUCUCAAAUAGACAUUUAUGUCAAGAUCUUGCAGUCAGAUGGAGGGAACUACAGCGCGUGUGUGAACGCCGCCACUCUGGCAGUAGUCGAUGCGGGCAUCCCCAUGCGUGACUAUGUGUGCGCCUGCACUGCAGGCUUUGUGGAUGAGACCCCAUUGGCAGACCUGUGCCAUGCUGAAGAGAGUGGAGGGGGCACAUCACUGGCCCUGGCAUUGUUGCCCCGUGGCGGGCACAUCGCCCUGCUACAGAUGGACGCCCGUCUCCACCAGGACCACCUAGAGACACUGAUGGAGGCAGCAAUGACGGCCUGUAAGGGCGUCAGCAAAGUGUUGGACGAGGUGGUAAGGCAGCAUCUACAGGAGGUGUCUGCGCUGACUGGAGAGUGAUGUAGCUUGGACUUUGCGGUAGAUUGGUCUGCGUGAAAGGCAGGGGAGGUAGAGGAGCAGAUGGAGUAAACUUUUUUUUAUUGUACAAUCGUGUUAUGCUUUUGUAUGAAAUGCUUGAUAAAAAAUGAAAUCUAAACCCA